GCAGCGACAACAACAACAACAGCAACAUCAACAUCAUCAGCGGAAGCAACAUGAAUCCCUGUGCUGUGCCCACACCCGUGCCCGAUGUUGACGGCGACAAGCGCUGGCUGAGCAUACACCGUCGCUUCAUCUCGGAUUGCCGCGAAAAGGAUCCGGACGUGAUAUUCCUCGGAGAUUGUAUAUUCGAGACGCUGCAGGAUACCGACACCUGGAAUCAGUACUUUGCGCCGCUGCACUGCCUCAACUUCAGCAUACGCGAAGAUCGCACCGAGAACGUUCUCUGGCGCAUCGAGAACGGCACUCUGGACAAUGUGAAUCCGAAGAUCGUCGUCCUGCACGUCGGCACGAACAACACGAGCAACAGCGCCGCCGAGGUGGCCGAGGGCCUGCUCGCCAACGUGGCCAAGAUACGCGAAAAGCUGCCCAGCGCUUACAUCAUAUUACCAUCGCUUCUGCCACGCGGCCAGCAACCCAAUGCGCUGCGCGACAAAAACAAGGAGAUCAACGAGCUGAUCAAGGAGAGGACAAAGGGCAUGGACCGUGUGCAGACUGUCGCCAUCGACAAGGGGCUGGUGCAUACGGACGGCAGCAUUAGCCAUCAUGACAUGUUCGACUACAAGAGUCUGACCAAUACCGGCGCCAAAAAGAUACUCGAGCCAUUGCAUGAUUUGCUAUCGCAGAUACUCAAUGAAAACGAACUGGAACGCGAUCUCACACCUUCCGAAUAACUCACAAUAUAUACGAAAACAAUCAACAACAGCAACAACAAUAAUGGAAAUCCAGAACACUCUCAACCCAACCGCUUGAUCUGCAGCAAUGAAAGUAUUUACUCGUCUAUUGAACGGGAGUAUCAAGUUUUUGGUUUAUUGUUACCCAAACAACAAAGCCAAAAGCAAACAAACGCAAGUUUCCUUAAACACCUUACAUAGCUACGAUAUUGUUAUAUAUGUAUAUAUAUAUUUAUAUACAUAUAUACAUACAUAUAUAAUUCUCCAUACUCAUUCGUAGGAUUAAAGUCUAUAGAAAAGUAUAUAGAAGACACACACAAUGCGCGCAUGAACAUUUUGUAUUUUGCAUUUAUACUAAAAGAUAAUUACAAUUACUUACAUACAACAUAAUACAUAAUUAAUAACAAUUUAUAAUGCGAAUUAAGUUUCGAGACGAAGAACAUUCCCUGAAACUUACCAAUAUAUAUAUACGUAUAUAUUUAUAAAAUAUUCAUAUUUUUUUAUCAUCACAAAUUUUGAGUAAGCUUCAGAAAAAGAAAUCCACGUGCAUUAGGUGAUAAAAAAAAGAGAAAAG